AUGAUUGAAGAGAUCAUAUCAGAAGAUCUUGGUUUCAAAUUAUACACCACUGAACAUGGAAUCUCUAUAUUUGAUGAUCCUAUAAGUUUUGAAGAAAUUGGUGAUCAUAUUUUAAAUUUAUUAGCUAUUGAUAAUGAAAACAAGAUAAUUGCAGCAUCAAACCAUAAAUCAUUAAAGAUUAUAACUACAACCAACUUAGAUGAUAUUACCACAAUUGGAGACGAUUUUAAAAUUACACAGGUAUAUUUCCAUCAAAAGAAACUCAUAAUUUUAAAUAAUGACAAAAUACAAAGUUUAUCCAUUGAUCAAAUCAAGAGUAAAGAUUAUACAUUUUCAACAAUUGAGGAAGGUCAAUUUAUAAGUGUAAAACCAACAAGUGAAGGAAUUUUGAAAUUAACUACCAGUAACGAAUUAUAUCUCGAUUCAAGUUUAAUUGCAACUAAUGUAUCAACAUUUUUCAAUAAAUCAAUAUAUGCAUAUACCAAAGAUUCAUCAAAAUUAGGUACUCUACCGAUUAAAAUAGAAAAUGAAGAUUUAUCAAGUUAUAAUAUUAUAGAUGUUUUACAAACUUCAAAAAAUGCAUAUUUUACAGUUUUCAACAAUGCAGAAGAGGAAAUAACACGUACAUUUUUAUUACAUGAUUCAAAUGGUGAAUUUGUCGGAGAUGAGGUUGAUAUUGUUCCACAGUUUGGUGAAGUUGAAAGAAAAUCAACUUAUUAUAAUGCAAAUAUUUCAAAUUGGUUUAAAUCUGAUACAUUUUCAAUUUUGACAUCUUCUGGAUCUACAGAAUUAGGUAUAAUUGAAACAACAAACAAAGAAGAACAAGUUAUCAGUUUUGAAGAAGACAUUUCAAGGGCUAAUUUACCAUUAGAUGAUGAAACUGGUGAUGAUUGUUCUCCAAUUGGUUUGAGUUUAGGUAUAGAUUUAGAUGCAAAGGCAUUAGAACCUUGUCCUGGAGUUGAUGAAGCAAUUGGGAAAUUACCAAAGGUUUAUUGUUUAUUACAUACUGGUACUUUAGUAAUUUGGUGGGUUUAUCAUAAAGCAGGUUUGUUAAAUGAUGGAUUAAGAUUAGAAUUACCCAAAGAAGAACAAACCACUGAAAAACCAGUUGAAGAAAAGGGAUUGGAAGCAGAACUGAAACAAUCUGUUGAAUUGAAUCCAUUUGGAUCUACUCAAUCUUCCGCAUUUAAAGGUGGUUUUGGAGCAACUGCGUUUGGUAACAAAACAGCAACUCCUGUCACUGGUGGUGGUGGAUUUGGUCAGACUAGUUUUGGAGCUACUGGAUUUGCAUCGCAAAAAGAACAACAAAAGUCAAAUCCAUCAUUAACUUCUGGUUUUGGAAGUUUUGCUAAAUCAAAUCAACAAUCAAAUUUUGGUUCAUUUGGUGGUAAUAAUAAUGGAAGGUCUAUAUUUGGUGAUUCAAAUAGUGGUAAAUCUGAAUUUAAAUCAUCACCAUUUGCUAUUAGUUCCGGGACAUCAAUUUUGGGUGAUACUAAAACUGGAUCAAUAGUUGGAGAUUCCAGGACUGAUACAGAUAAGAAACUAUCAUCUCAAACUCCAACUCCAACUCCAGUUUAUAGUGAAAUUUCAAGUACCUCAUCAUCAUUUGUAAAUAUAAAUAAAGAAAGUGUAAAUAUAAAUAAAGAAGGUGAAGAAGCAACAUCAACUGAAAUAGAUAAGAAAAAAGCUGAAAAUGAAGAUAAGAAAAAAUCAUCAGCUAUUAAAUCAUAUGAAGUAGGUAAAGAUCCCAGUAAAUCUUCACCAUUCACACAAGAAUUAAAUACACAAGUUCAAAAUUUGAAAGAAGAAAAGAAAUUAUCAUUAUUUGGGGGCCAACGAAAAGCAAAAGAAGAACCAAUUAAGGAAAGUAAACCUGAAACUAAAUCUUAUGAUGAAGUAAAACCAGAAUCAAAAGAAGAUAUACAAGCAGAAGAUGUUAAACCAGUUGAAUUUCUUAUAUUUGAUGGAUUUAUCAAACCGUUACCGAAAUCAACUUCCAUUAAAGAACAACUUAUCCACAUCAUACAAAACACAGAGGGUGAUUUAAAUAUAUUCAAAGAAAAUGUAAAACGUUUAAGUUAUUACAUAGCUCAUGUAGAAAUCAAUCCACCAUCAUUAAUAGAUGUUGAUUUCACUAAAACAAUUUCAAAUUUACAUAAAGAAGAAGAAUUAUUAUCCAAUCUAGUCACAAAAAUAUCUAAAUCUCAACAAGAAAGAAUCAAAUUGGAUAAGUUAUUUAGUCAAUUGGUUGUUUAUUCAAAAAAUCAAACCAAAUUUAAAGAAAUUUUAAAAAAUAGACCACUCGAUUUUAAAUAUGAAAUGAUUCAAUCCAAAUUAAGAGAUAAAUUAGAAUUUAUAAAAAAAUUGGAAGAGAAGUUAAUUUCUUUAUUAAUGCCAAUUAAAUUUAGAAAUUCAAUAAAUGAUAAAACAAUUUCCAAUAUUGAAAAAUUGAUAUUUCCAAUUAAUGAACAAAUAAAUGAACAUAAGAAAAUUAUUUCGGAUUUAACAAAAGAAAUUGACCAUUUAACAUUGGAUAAUACUGAUACUAAUAACUUACAACUUGCUAUAACGAAAUCAUCGACACCGUUGUCGUCAAAAUUAAAAUUACGACAGAUGUUGGUAUCAAAAUAG